UAUAAUUUUAACCUCUUCAGGGACGAAUUCUUUUGAACAGAAUAGACUAAAAUUCUAACUAAUGUCGACCUACGACUUUUACCAAUUUUGUAACAAUAUUUCUGUAUUGCAUCAUUCAGGAAUUUAAUUAUGAAUAUUUAAUCUAAAUGGGAACGGUUACUUCAAUGUUAAAGAAUUAAAAAUAGCUUGAAAAAUAAAUCUACAGGUACGUUUCAAUAUCUUUUAAAAGGUUAAUCAUGGUAAGGCUAUAGAUUGGUCGAUAGAGUUACCAACAGAGUGAUCUAUGUUAUCAGCAGAAAAAUCUGUCUCAUCGACCGAAUGUUCUACAUUACCGGGCUUUACCUACAGAGUACUCUGCCUUAUCAAUCGGGUAGCCUCUCCGCUUCUGGGGUAAUAUUAACACCAAACUUUGACAUAUUCGCAACUUAUUGCGAAAGUAACCGAAACAACUGACAACGCAAACAAUUGGGAGAUAUAUUUUCACGAUCAACAAGAAAGUCUUAAAUUGUGUAAUAUUUGUUGAGAUACUCUAAUAAUAUUAAUGUAACGUUACGUAUAUAUACGUUUAUUCGUAAAAAGUUUAAUUAUACCGGUAUUUUACGUUUCGAUAAAAGUCCUCGAUUUCAUUAACGAUUGUUUAAUCGAGUCAAUUGACACAUGCUUCAAUAAAUAGUUUCCAGUAAAUGGAAAUGGAUAAGCUCGGUGAACAAGGUGAAGGGGUAGGUUAACGUUUGACAUUCGUUCAUUUAAUGUUCGCAGUUUCCUUGCGGUAAUUUUAGAGCCUGGUCGUGUCAAUUUUGCCGACAUAUACAGUUGGACGUAACUAUUAAAAAUGACCAGCUUUGAAAGUUCGCAACAAGAGGAACAUAUCGCGACGGUGGGGGAUGUCGAACCUCAUUUGUGAAACUCGGAAAGAACUUAUUCCACGGACAGUUUUAUAUAAAUUUUUUACUGAUUUAGCAGGGAGUACCGAUUCCUUUAAUUUUAUAGCGAUGAGACGAAUUCGAUGAUAGAAAUCAUUGACGAAGAAUGUAACCUGUGGGACUUCGAGGAAACGAAAAAAGAAAAAACGAAGUAUAAUAUUUGUAGUUUAACUUUUUUUAUGGUAAUUGAACUUUUUCUAUGCGUAAGGGGUCGUUCAUUAAUUACGUGAGGGUGAUUUUUACUAUUUUUGACCUCUGUGUGUUACAUGUAAGAUGUUUCACCUAGAGUUUACUUAAAAAGCGUUAAAUAGUUAAUUGUCGUUUGGAAAGGCCCAGUUACACCAAAACACGUUAUUAUUUGAAGUAAAUCAAAGAUUUUUAAAAAGAUAAUUAUUCAGCCUUUGGAAAAUGCUUAUCAUAAUUAAAGGUAAGGUUUGAAAAAAUCUCAAAGCAAGGAAAGGACUCGUAGUAAAAUAUUACGUAAAAAUGGCUUUUGUGCUGCCCCCCUCCUCUCACCGAGGUAAGGUCAUGUAGAGAUUUUUUUAACCCCCUCCACUACCUCUCAGGACCCUUACGUAAUUAAUGAGCUACUCCUAACAUGUUCUAUUCUCGUACGGUAAUACUGAAAAAUAAAGCGAAAUAAAGGGAGACCACGUGUCGAAUGAUUUUCGUGGUUACUUGUCACUACGGCGACGAAAUGCUUCGACGACGCGUCGCGACGCUUUGGGAUUGUACAAAGUCGGUGACAUUGAAAUAACUUUCUGUCUCGAAUGGGUACGCUGUACUAGAAUUAACACCUACACACGAGGUGACGAGAUUGCUGAAUAUUUUUCUUUCCUUUUUGGAAAAUUUUAUAUUGUAAGGGUAAUUACGCAUGAUAACCGAUCGUUUUUAAUCGUAUCUUCGUAUUUACGUAGUUUUUUUGGUAAUCACCGAGUGACGAAUGUAAAAAUAUUUUACUUCCAUGGUAAAAAAAAAAAAAAAAAUGUUGCAUUUUAUACUCUUUAAGCGUCAGCGCAAGAUUCGAUUGUUACAUUAAUAUAGCGAGACUUGCUGCUUAUUACGAAGCUUGAGGUUCUUUAAUCUUCUAAUCGAUGCAUUUUUCUUGUUUUUAAUUUUUGCUCCUUUUCUUUUUAUCUUGGUCUUUAUACGCGUACGAAGAGAGAAGACAUUAGUACGUAUUACGAUGAUCGUUUCGAUUCGUCUGCUUUCAUGCCGUAGUACGAGUUGCAGUCAUAGUACCUCUUUUUAUAAAUUUUUUUUAACGAUUUGUUAACUUCCGUGGGACUAAGGACAUUGGUCGUACACUGUGCGCGGGACACCUAACGACGCAGUAAAUUCGAUAGGUACGCAGUGUACGAGUUCGGAUUCGUAUAAAUAAUUUUCCACUGAAAAUGUUUCACGACAGGCUACACUCGAAACUUUCGCACACGGUGUCCCGCGAAAGUAUUUGAAAUCUUGCGAUUAUUUUAACGAACAAAUUAUAUUGUAGAUUGCUAGGGAAAUUGUUAAAUACUUUUCAUGAAGCACAACUGUCAGGAUUACGUUGGCUAAAUUUGAAGGUGUUCAGACGAAAGAUCUGAGCGAAAGUAAAAAUAAUACCAAUUCAUUUGAAAUUGUAUCUGUUUCGAAUAAUGAAUUAUUGAAAGUCGAUUAGUACAAUAUUAACGUUACAGUAAGACCAGAUUUUCUUUUUUUUUUAAUUUUGCUAAUCUAAUCCUGAUAUUCGGCAAGCGAGCGAUUCAAGAACCUCAGAGUCCUUCACAGCUUUUGACUUCAAGCGUUCGAAUACUUUUGCGUAACACUAUUUAAAUCUCGACACGGUACAAUUUUUUUACUUGAAAUAAAUUAGUUAGCUUUCUAACGCUGUUCGACACGUACAUUUUCAAUUCUAAUCGAUGGUUUCCUAACGAAGAGGGAAAGGACUCGCUCAAUGACUGCCUCUCGUAUCGUUCGACGACCAAUUUCCUGUUUAUCGACGCGAUGGAUGGAAAUCGUGACGUUUUGUGAAACAGGAUGACGAAAAAGAGCGGGGCACAGUUACACGUUUAUAUAAAGGAUAUUAGUUUAUACGAGUGAUGAAGUUGAUUUGCGAGAGAUUUAGGAGAAUGCGUGGUGCGAGACGUCACGGGAAAGAAAGGUCCAUGGAUCUUUCUUUGUGUACCGAAUCCUCGGUCCUUUUCAGACCAAAUUUUUGUACAAUCGAGCCAAAAAUACACGGUAGCGAGGAUAAGCGUGUCGAAUGAGCGCUCGUAACACUUGGAAUGUGCUACUAGGAUGGAUAUGGUAGGAUCGACUCAAUUCGCUGCUCAAGGUCUCCAUCUACUGUUACUACUUCUACUACUACUUUCAAUUCUAUUAUUUUUUUUAUCUUACUACACUUAAUCUCACUACUUUCACAGUUAAUACUCAUACCGUUAUUAAAUUUGCUCCUAUUGUUAUUAUUAUUGCUCUCGGUACUUCUAUUCUUAUUAGUUUUACUCGUCUUAUAUCUAUUCCUAUUUCCAUACUACUAUUCCCACUAUUUUUAUUUAAGCUAUUCCCAUUAUUUUCUAACCUAUUACUCUUUAGUUACAGUAAGAGCAAAUAAUAUACAAUUAGCAUUAACCCUUUGCACUCGAGGCUUUUUUUCUGGUAUCUACCAGCAACUCGAGGCUACGCGCUAAACGGCCGCGCUGUGAUUGGUCGGGAUUUUCUGUUAACCCUUUGAACUCGAGGCCUUUUCUUUUCUGGUAUCUGUCAGCAAUUCGAGAUGCUUUAUUAGCAUUCUAUUGUCACGAAUGGUAAGCUUCGAUUAACUUCGAAAAUGAGAUCCUUAAUUUGAGAUUUGAAAAUCAGGUCACCUUUGCCUCAACGACAAUCAUUUUAUCGACACUUUGAGUUCCAAAGAAAUUAAACCUAAAGAAAACCUAGUGGUGACUGAGGUCACCUCUCGAGUGCAAAGGGUUAAAGUUUAUGAUUUCACGAAUUGCAGUCACAAUAUGUACCUCUCUUUUUAUAAAUUUGUUAGAACAGUUACAACAUUUGCUCCUAUUACUCUUAUUACUCCCAGUACUUUUCCUAGUUUUACUCAAACUAUACCCGUUCCUAUUCCUGCUAAUCUUAUUCCUACUAUUUACACGAGUAUGGAGGUUCGACUAUGUAUAAAAAUGAUGAGGGAUAUCCCAUCUGUGACCUUGAGCGGCCACUUAAUUUCGAUCCGACUCUAACGCUCUCACGUCCAACCGGAUCUUCUUUCUCCAUCGACGUGAGCCGCGUUAAACUUCUUCAGAGCUCAUUCUGACGAAACCUGCGAGUUAUCUUGAUCCCGAAAGGACAACGAAAUCGGGUUGGAAUCCGCUGUACGAAAACGAGGAAGAAAGCAUGGAAAGCGAGACACUCUUGCGUCACGUUCGCAAGAGUAUACAGGGUGGAGACGUAGUUGCGUGAAUUUACCUUGGCCGGAGACUGGAUUGAUGGCUGUGGAUUCUGGCAGAGAUUGGCAGGUUAUGCAAAUAAAUACCAAAUUAUAGAUAGUCAUUUUUUUUAUUUGUUACUCGUAUGAUAACAAUGACAUAAAUUCAAAUUUAGUUCCUUCAUCGAAUAAUUGGCGUAUAUUUUAUUUGAGUUUAAUUCUAAUUUUCAUUUAAAUGAAAUUGAAAUUGAAAUUUUCAUUUGAAUUCAAAUUAUCCAUUAAUCGUAUAAAAUUUUGCCAGUUUAGUUGCUUCAUCGAAUAAAUGGCGUAUAUUUUAUUUGAGUUUAAUUCUAAUUUUCAUUUAAAUGAAAUUGAAAUUGAAAUUUUCAUUUGAAUUCAAAUUAUCCAUUAAUCGUAUAAGAUUUUGCCAAUUUAUUUCUUUCAUCGAAAAAAUGUCAUGUAUACGUUGAUUUUGUUUGAGCUCAUUUCAAGAUGUUUCAAUUUUAAUUCGAGUCAUCUAUUAGUUAGAUAAGAUUUUGCCGAUCUCUGCCCUCCGGCAUCCGCUUUUUCCAGAGUCUUAAGCAGUAGACGAAAAUUCAGUAAUCGUGCUCGCGAUCUGCGUCUUCCGGACUCGAGAAAGCAAAGUAGCACGAAGUAUUAAAUUACGCGAGUCCCAUCGAGUGCUGUUCUCCGAACGAAAGUACUAUCUAAACCGAUUUGUUACCUCCGCCAUUUUUGCUAGGGGAACGAUUCUGGGUCCUGCGAGGACGACGAACCACGAAGCUCACGGAAACCUCGAAUCAUGUACGUAGAAGCAUAUAAAGGGUUUUCCAAACGAGUUUUUAGGAUCUUGUUUUAUAAUAACAAAAAGUCAUGAUGGACACAUUAUUAGGUUGUCCAGAAAGUUCGUGGCAAUCUCUAAGAAAAAUUCAAAGGCAUAUAAUAUAUAUAUAUAUAUAUAUAUGUAUAUAUAUACAUGUAUUUAUUGAAUUACAUAGGUGCCAUUUUGUUCCACAAUCGUUCCACUUUUUAGGGGAUGUAUACAUGUUAUUUGUUUUCAACCAUUUCGAUAUAUUCAGACCUGUACCACCUACAAAAAAUCGACAUGAGCUUUCCGGACAACCCAACAUUAUUAUUUUCACAAUCUAAAUCUACCAAUCAUCCUUGUCUGCUUAAUUUUCACUUCUCUCCUAAGGCAUUUUUAGUAGCUCCAGUGUCCAAAACACCAAAUCCUUUUGUAAUAUCUACAGAAAUUCAAGUUUGUAUUUUAUUAUAUCUUCUUUGGUCUUGUACUUCCUUCUCUUUGUUAGACACUCCCUCAAUUAUUUCCAACCCUUCGUGCCUUCUCCUCCUAACUUCCUCUGUUUGAGAUGUUCUCUGUUGCGUCGUUUCUUUCGUAAAGUUUUCUUCUUAUUCUUUCCUACAUCUUUUUUGAUACGUAUUACAUAAAUUGUAUACAGUGGGUGUAGAAUGUAUUCGUACACCGAUAAAUUUCCCAAAAAACUUUUGUGUGAAAUUGUAGUUUCUUAAUUUCCUUUUUUAUAAUCAAUGAUAUUUUACAUAUUCUCGGAAGUCUCUAAGAUAGAUAUAGUCCAAACAACAUUUACUAGUUAAUAUAAUUUGUGAAAUUAACAAAAAAAUGCGAAAAGUGGGUGAAAGCAUAGAAGCAAUAAGUAUUUGUACGAUUUUUAUGACGAACCAUUUACAGUAGAAUUUGUAACGUAAACACAUUAGUUUAUUGCUCCGUAAGAAUUAGAAUACAUCAAAUUUUCAGAAAAGUACUUUUAAAAAAGGUUCUAAUAGAGGAAUGGAAAAAGAUCCCACUUCGAAUAACUAAUAAUUUACUUAAUUCAAUGCUUAGAAAAGUUACAGUAAUUAUAAAAUCAAAAGGAAAUCCCACGAAAGAAGUAUUAUAUACUUAUAAAUUAAUGUAAAUUUCUUCUUUUUUAAUGAAGUUUUAAAAAUUAAACAGUUGUGCGAAUACCUAUUGCUUCAAUAUUUCUAUCGAUUAAUUGUUUUUUUCUUGUUAAUUUCGCAACUUACAUAAAUAUCUAUUUGUUUUGUACUCUAUGUAUUCUAGAGAUUUUCGAGAAUAUGUAGAAUGUUUAUAAAAAAUAAGGUAAUAAAUUACAAUUUUACAUAGCUUUUUUGGAAAUUGAUCAGUGUACGAAUACUUUUCACACUCACUGAAUAUUCCUUACCAUUUGUGUGUGAUUAAAUAAUUUUUAAAGCCCUUUUGGAGAACCUUUAGAAUCGUGUGCGUCAGGCCAGUCCACGUGCAUGAUGCCCCUAAUGUUUCCCCCACCACGAUCCUGCUGGGAUGCGCGCUCGACGACCACGCAGGUCCAAGCUCUGCUCCACGGAGCUCUACGCUGAGUCGUUCUCCGUCGGUUGCCGCGCGUGGAAGGGAGAGGAGCUGCCCGUCGGGCCUCACUGUGAGGCCCUCAAGCCUCGCUCGUGGACAUGCCUGACGUUCACAAUGAGGCAGCACUCGAACGGAGCCAGUUAACGAACGAAUUUUUUUAUUCGAACGGAUCGUAGUCGCGUAGACGUUAUUACCUGAAAAUCGCGAAUGAAAGUGGUGCUGUCUGUUGGGAAGAAUCUGUGCGGGAUUGCGUCACGAUAGACUCCACGUUAUCCGCUUUGAUGGACGAUCUAAAUCAUCUCGUCGCUCCGAUUGCCGAGAUGCUGAAUUGCCUUUUCUUUCUAUCGCAGGGAGGAGCUUGGAGUUCUACGAUCUUUUGCCGGAGGAUCCGAAGCUUUACGAUAAAAUGCGGCCGCCCAAGAAAGAUGGACAAGCUACUGUAGUCUAUUUCCACGUCACCGUUAUGGGACUCGACUCCAUCGACGAAACUUCAAUGACUUAUGCAGCUGAUAUAUUUUUCGCUCAAACCUGGAAAGAUAACAGGCUACGACUACCAGAAAAUAUGACGUCUGAAUAUAGAUUACUAGAAGUGGACUGGUUGAAGAACAUGUGGAGGCCGGAUUCAUUCUUCAAGAAUGCCAAGUCCGUGACGUUUCAGACGAUGACCAUUCCUAAUCAUUACUUAUGGUUGUACAAAGACAAGACUAUUCUAUAUAUGGUCAAAUUAACUCUAAAACUUUCUUGCGCCAUGAAUUUCCUCAUCUAUCCUCACGACACGCAGGAGUGCAAGCUACAAAUGGAAAGCUUGUCGCACACCACGGAUGAAAUGAUCUUCCAGUGGGAUCCUGACGUGCCACUCGUCGUCGACGAGAACAUCGAGCUGCCGCAAUUGCAACUGGUUAAGAAUUACACGGCCGAUUGCACGCAGGUCUAUUCUACCGGUAAUUUCACCUGCCUCGAGGUAAUCUUCGUCCUGAAACGUAGGCUCGGCUACUACUUGUUUCACACUUACGUUCCUACUUGUCUGAUCGUCAUCAUGUCGUGGGUGUCGUUCUGGAUAAAACCGGAAGCCGCGCCAGCCAGAGUGACAUUAGGCGUAACUUCAUUGCUGACCCUUUCGACGCAACACGCGAAGAGUCAGGCGUCUCUGCCUCCUGUUUCGUAUCUAAAGGCCGUGGACGCGUUCAUGUCCGUGUGCACGAUUUUCGUGUUCAUGGCUCUGAUGGAGUAUUGCCUGGUGAACAUCGUCCUCGGCGAUUCGGACGCGCCGGCCGCGAAACCGACGCCUCCGCCGCCGCCGCCGUCUUCGAGUGGCACGGACACGGCGAAGCUCGACAAAAUAUUCGACAUCGCCACUAAGGAAAACGCAAUGUUGUUGUCCGGUCGAUCGCAGAAAUCGCCAGCAGAUCCACCGCCAGGCCCGACACCCGCCCAAAAGGCUCGAAUGCGUGCCUUGAACAUCGAUCGAGUCUCGCGGGUCUUCUUCCCUUUCCUAUUCGCCCUAUUAAACGUAACUUAUUGGAUAAUGUUUGCCGAGUACAUUUAAGGAACCGUGGAAACAGAUCUCUUCCAUCUCUUUCUCCCAGGAAGAAAGAAAGAACAAGAAGAAGGAACAAGAAUGGAACAUAGGAGAGACGUACCGACGCCAUUUUCGACAGAUCGUUCUCUGUAUCGUCCGUAUCGGGAUUUGGACGGAAAUAAGAUGAUGUCUUUUACGAGGAAAGCACCCUAUCUGUCUUCGUUCAACUUUAAGGUAGUUGUUUCGAGAUAGUCACGUUCAAAAGUAUAAUUGAAAACUUUUGUAAAAUACAGUCUUACUGCUACACGUCCAUAAGAAAUCAAUACGUACAUAUACGCAUACGUUCGUAAUACUCGGGAUAUGAUUGGGGCAGCAAUGCUGAUUGUUAAUGUUACUGCGCAACUUCUCUAUGUUCAGUUUCAAAAUUUAAUGAAUUACACCUCGGCAGAGAUGGGCAAAACCCUAAGCAUCGAAUAAAUUUGAAGUUUGCCGAUAUGUUUGUCUCGUUUCCUCUUUUGGACAUUUUUCAAAGAAGGAAACGAGACAAAUAUAUCGGCAAACUUCAAAUUUAUUCGAAGACUAGGGUUUUGCCUAUCUCUGCAUCUCGGUAACGAUGCGGUCAAUAAUCGGUAUUUUUCUUUUAAAUGGUUUAUAAUUUCGGUUCUUUGUAACAUAUCAAAUUUUCAGCAAGUUCCUAAAUUGCAUUUUGAUUUGAAUUGAAUAAACUCACGUGGAAAUCUGUGUGUUCCAUAAGGGUCUGUUUUAAAAUAACAAAAUUUUGAUAUCAGUUUUUAUAAAAGUAGGGUGGUCAAUUUAAAUCGAAAUAGAUUCAUGUGAUUCAUAUUUGAUCAGAUAACAAGCGAGCGAAGUUUUGUUAAAAUCCUACAUUAAAUAUAUUCAUGGAACAACUAUCUUAAGGAAGGAAACCACGUUAGGAGGACAAAUAAGAUUGUUUUUCCGGCUGUCGUAACUCGUGGAACAUAGGAAACAAAGACUACGAGCACAGGUUCCAACACUAAACCUACCGUUUUUCAUUUUUUGGGUACAGUUACAUACAAUAUAAAAAUUGUAUACAACUUAAAAUUAAUUAAAUUUAGAUAUAUACAAUAUAAACAUUGUAUACAAUUGUUUCAUGUGUUAUUGAAUUUAGUAUCACGUGAAAUAUUUUCCCAUGCAAUUGAAAAAAGUGUCUUCAAGAUCAGUCAUUUUAUUGCUCAUUGCAGAUAUUUACAAUACAAAUAAAUUUCGGUAGGUUUAGUGUUAAAUAAAUUAUAAAUUUAUCAGAUCGCAAAUUUAAAAAUGAAGAAAAUACUUGAUGCGACACGAUGACGGAGUCAAUUAGUCGUGUUCUUCUAAUUUUGAUUGAUCCUCUUGUUUCCAAGUGAGAAAGGGAACGAAACGAAAAGACGCGCAGAGAGCAAUCAAUUCUGAUUAAUGUAGCCGAAUGAAUAAUCAAAGAUGUGCGACUGUAUCAGAAGUUCGUGUCACUGAUCGUGUAAUUAAUCCAAGCGCAGAAAUAUUCCGAAAUGUCGUCACACACUCGAGCUAAUAAGAUUCAACAUCGAACUUCCGAAAACGCGGAAAGAAAAUACUUUUCUGCGUACGAAAGUCUCCGUAACAUCCAAAUAAUACGUCAAACGAAAAUGGACGAGAAAACGCGCUUGACGCGCGCUUUGAAGCAAAAUAGUAAUAAAAAAGAAAACACUAUAUAUAAACGUGUCACGUAUACGUGACGCUAUUAAUUAAGUUUGUUACGACUUGAAAUUCUAAACCUGCAGAUUUUUGUAGCGACGAUUUCGAGCAUGAACGUGAAAUUUUAUUGAAUUGUUAAUCGUUAUCGAAAAAGAGUGACUACGCGUAAAGUAGUCUCGCCUCAAAAAAAAAACAUGUAAAAAAAAAUAAAAAUAAAAUAUGAGACGGUGUAUCGAAAGAGCACAGAAAAAUGUAGCGAAUAUAUCGAAGAAACUCUAAGCAAUGGCCUCGAACGAAAGGAUUCGAGAUCCGAGUGCUUUCGGAUAAUUCUGUUGUGCGUCGAGUGAGAGGCCACGUGUACAGCUAAUAGCAACAAUAGCCACGUUUCGUUUAGAGAACUAAUAGCGAAGACUACGUGUUAUUUGUUCUCUUCUUUUCUUCCCUCCGCCGAGGGUGUCCACGUUCGUUUCUAAACUAAUUCGUUUUUAUGCUCUAAUGAAACAUUUUGUAAAUUCUAUCUGCUGUUCCACUUGAAUCUUAAGGGUAAACAAUUAUGCGCACUACUGGUCACAUAUGUGGAAAUGAUUUCGUGUAUUGAAUUUAUUUGUUGUUGCCUUAAACAAGUGCAUUUCAUCGCUACUGCUUUUUGGGGGGAUCUUUUGCAGGAAUAGAAUUGACAUAAACAUAGAUAAAUUAUUCGUUAAAUAAUUUUAAUCAAUUUCAUUUACAUGACUACAUUUACAUGAUUGAAAUUAAAUGAUUAAAAUUAGCAAUAUUAUGAUUCAUAUUUUUAUGUUUUAUUACUGAUUCUCGAAACAUGUAAGAAUUUACUCCACUUUAAUAUUACAAAUAUUUUAUUUUCUAAAAAUUCUGAAUUUUGUUCCAGUGACUUAAUUCAAAUAUCCUUCAAGAUAUCCUUCAUUAUCUCUUACAAAAUGUUUAUCAAUGAAAGUUUCUAGUUAUUUUUUCAGUUAAAUAACGAGUUAUUUAUCUUGUUCUUGUUUAUAUUAGUCUCGAAUUUAUUACUAAACACAAAUGUCUAUAAUGAUUACUCAUCCAUUCAAAAUGCCAAAAAAUGUUUAAUAACCAAAAAGAAAAACAAAUGAACGUUCUAUGAAUUUUCUUUAAAUAAAUACUUUAUUCAUCCAUUUUAGUCUUACAAAGGAAUUUGUAAAAGUUUGGUGAAAAUGAAAAGCAUCGUUAGCUGUUAAUUACUCAUUAAAAAUUAAAUAUUGAUAAACAGUAAUGGAUUUUCGGCUUUCCGAUAGAUUGGUAAUCAUCGGUGAAUUUUACAACGCCACCCACACGACAUCGAAGUUUUUAAUAUUUAUUUCUGAAGAACGUUGAAGUUUUUAAUUUUUAUUUCUGAAACUAAACGUCGGUUGAAUAAAUUGUAAAUAUAAAAAAGGAAUAUUACAAAAGAAUUUGUAAAAGUUUGAUAUCACAUCAGAAAUGAACAAUUAAUCUUUAUUUCCCACAUGUAUGACCAGUAAUGCGUGUAAUUUCGAGCCAUCUUUUCGCAGUUAUAUUUUGGAAUAUAGCAAACAGAGCGGUACGAUCACCAUUUUACUGUAAGUAAUCACACCUACGAGUAAUUGCCAUUACUCUGCAUGUAGAAUAAUCUUUUAAUGCGUCAUCGUUACAUUAUCCAGCUUUGCCUUUCGUUUGGGAGCGAACAAGAGCCAAUACUAAAAAAAAAAACGAGAAGAGAUGCAUCUAAAUUUUAGGAAAUCGAAGGAUACAACACCGGAACACCACGUGGUACAAUAAAAUGUUAAUAGAAAGAUUGCUUAGAGUAACGUAGACUCGUAAUGGUGAUUGCUUCGAGGAAGACACUCGCUGAACUAUAGUUCAAAGGAGACACUAUAAUUGCCAUUUGUCUGCGCGUAGAAUGGCACUUUAACGAUCCUUUCAUGGCACUCUUAAAUUGUUCAGCUUUAUCUUUUUUCUCUAUCUUAACCGAUAAAACAAAGAGCUGAGAGUGAGCAAUCGAGGAAUUCAUCCAUUGAUUGGAAUACUUUAAUAUCCUUGGAAAUAUUGAAAAUUGUGAGCGAUGAAUAACAGAUUUUCAUGGUCCACUAUAUGGAUUUCUUUAAUUCACAAACGACUAAAAGUUUCUGACAAGAUUAACACGUUGACAUGUUAACGGGAAAUAUAGUUUUAUUUCAUAAUUCAAAUUGUAUUUUUCAUUGAACACAUUUUCAUUGAAUUUUCAGAGCCAAAGCUAAUUACAUUGAGAAGCUCUUUUCCGAAAUGUUUCAUUAAAUGAAAAUGUUAUUAUUAUGCAAAUGGAUUGGUUCAUCUAAUAUUCUGAAUAUGAAAUGUUCAAAGAUAUAUGAAUUGCAAAAAGAGAAACAGUGUGAGAAAAAUUAGGAAUAAUUUCCAAUAAAAAAGCCUGUGUGCUUUAAAAAUUUCUGACAAAAUUAAGAAUUUAGUUAUACAAACCACAAUCUUUUUCAAGAACGAUAGAAACGUAGAACGAUGUUGAGUAAAUUAAGAAAAUUGUUUCUUUUAUGUUUCUGAAUAAAUGUUAAAUAGAAAAUUAAACAAAUAAGGAGCUCUUCAGAGCUGAAGCUAAAGCUGCUUUCGUUACGAUUUUAGUUUGAAUUUUUAUCACGAUUUUCUCCAUUUCUGCUUCUAAUGAUUGGUGAACUUUCGUUGUCGUAAAAUAAAUUGGCUGCUCAAGGUCAUUGUAGGGCUGCCGCCACCACUACAUCUUCUUUAUUUAAGGGAGCAUUUCACUGUGAACGCACAAACAAAAGCAUAUUUUCAAUCAUUUUUUUCUCAGGAACUAUUGCAUAAAAUUGAAUGAAUGUUUUUUCCCCUUAAAGGUAUGAUUAAGGAAAGUAAAUAAAAAGUUUUUGUUUGGUAAAAUAUAUUUCGUCAUUUAUUUACAAAAUAAUAUGCAUGUCUGCAAAAAAAAAGUUAUCCGCUGGCGCAGGUAAUUUUGGCUCUCCUGGUAAUCUGAAACAGAAAAUCGAAAAAGUUUAUUGAACUAUGUCGUCACACCUAUCGUCGGAACCUCCAAGUAGUUGAUAUUUUGAUUUUUACUUAAAAUUUCACCUGAUUUACGGUACAAAAAAAGUAUUUUUUUUUCUCUCUUUCACAAGAAACGCUGCCAUUUUGUUUAUUUUCGAUGAAAUAAAUAAGUGGAGGUUCCGACCAUAAGUGUGACGACAUAGUUUAAUAAACUUUUUCGAUUUUCUGUUUCAGAUUACCAGGAGAGCCAAAAUCACCUGCGCCAGCGGAUAACUUUUUUUUUGCACACAUGCAUAUUAUUUUGUAAAUAAAUGACGAAAUAUUUUCCACCAAAAAAAAAUUUUUUGUUUACUUUCCUUAAUCAUACCUUUAAGGGGAAAAAACAUUCAUUCAAUUUUUGUGUAAUAGUUCUUGAGAAAAAAAAUGAUUGAAAAUAUGCUUUUUUUGUGCGUUCACAAAGAGUUAUUCUUCAAACAAGUAUUGUUGAAGGCUUAGUACAACAAAUCACAAAGUCGUAAUUAGUAGUGGAGGUGUUGACUUUGCCAAGCCAAUUUCAAAUUGUGUCCCGAUUAGUUUGCUAAUUCUGCGCCUGUCGAGUGAGGAUAACACGAAAGUUACUUUGUAAAGUAAAAUUCUGUGGUAGAAUGCGUUUACCUGUAUGAUAAUUUACGAGUAAUGGUAUUCGUAAUUAAUAUCGUUGCUUCGAAACAGGGUGUUCAAUACGACGAUCGUAUUUUUCCUAACACAACAUUUACCAUCGUGGUUGCAUUACUAAACGAUCGAUUGCGUCACUUUUAAAUAACUAUUGAAAACGUCAACAUUAUUGCUUUCGAAUUUUAAGUAAAAUAAAAUUCUAGUCAAAUCCGAGGAAAUCUAUUAUAGAACGUAGACCCAUUUAAUCCACGCAUAAAUCAGCCGUCGCUAAUUUUAAAAAUUACAACUAAUUAAUAAAUACACGCGCAUUAAAAUGAAAUUAUCGAAGCGAUUUAAUUGAAAAUAAAGGAAGAAUUGUAAGAUUAAUUAGCGAAUGUAAAAGGUUACAUUAUCGUCGGUUCUCUGUUAGAAGAAAUCAUUUUCAAGCACAACAUUGUAUAUUACAUUGUAUUUAAUAACAAAAAAAAAACUCCAUCGACUACAUAUUAAAUUGAUGAUAAUUGUAAUCGCGUGUUUAUUGGAUUUAUUCGUUUUGGUGCAUAUUCACCUUCUUUAUCUGUGUUUUUAUAAACAAAGUUAUCAUUGCUACAUUUUGUUCUUAGUCUUUAGAUGUUAUGGAAUUGAUUCUUUAUUUUAAAUAAAGCCGCCAAUUCUGUGAAAAA